CGAAAGGCUUGCCAUGCCGGUCAAGUCUGUCAUCACGGCAGAUGUUUUUCUGCAUAUCCCGCCAUCUGUACAGGCACAGACUAGCAGCCCUGAUACGACGGUCUUGGGGAGCGGGAGUGCCGGCAGGUCGCCAAAGGACGGUCUAGCGAGUGACAAGGUGGGAGAGAAGGGAACGCAGACGACACCAAUCCAACGAGGACCAUUGACCCUGGUAUUCUUCAUCACCGGCAAUCCUGGACUGAUCGCUUACUAUCAUCCUUUCCUAUCCCUGCUCGUUGAAAGGCUGAAGAAGAAAGAAGCGGAGCGGCCGGUCGUGGUUGCUGGAUUCAGUCUCGGUGGGUUUGAUGCCGAAUCACCACGUUCGACGACAGAAGCCAGUUCUAGUAGUGGCAAUAAUGGUGCUUGGGAUCAGAGCGCCGACGGGGAUGCCAAUGCCGUGGAUGAUGAGGAGAUCCAGGAGACUUUGUACCCGCCGUUACGGUCGAGGCAGCAAAGUGAAAGUGGAGACCAUACCGCUGAUGGGGAUCACAACGACGAUAGGAUUUACACGCUGAGGGAGCAGAUCGAAUUGACCUACGCACGGCUCGUGGCGCUCAUUGCACGGCUCCGGCGCGACAACUACUAUUUAGAUCAUGAGUCGGAGUCGGAGUCGGUGCAGGUGGUGUUGAUGGGACAUAGCGUGGGGACGUAUAUCGCACUCGAGCUCGUCAGACUAUGGCACGAGCGGGAAAUGCAGCAGCCACAAGAAGCAGCAGCAGCAGCAGCAGCAGUGUCUUGGUCUUUGUCUUCGCCUGGUGAAGGGCAAGAUCCAUCUCCAGUUCCAUCUCCACCUCCACCAAUUCGGGAAAUAGAGAGGGAGAGGGCAAGGGAGAAGAAAGGGCCGUCAUGGAAGAUCUCAAGUUGUAUCCUCCUCACGCCUACCAUCGUUGACCUACAUAUGUCACCGUCCGGAAGGAUUGCGACUCCGCUGCUUACGUCGAUACCGGUAUUGUCUGCCUAUCUACCAGACGUGGCUCACGGGUUGUUGCACUCCGUCCUGAUCCGGGGGUUGCCGUCAAAGUGGAUGGCCAGCCUGGUGCAAAGGGUGACAGGCAUGCGCAAGGGCAGUCACGGGUUCGAUACGACGAUGGCGUUCUUGACGAGUCAGAGAGGCGUCAAGCAGGCCCUCACUAUGGCGGCGGCGGAAUUGAAGGAGAUUAGAGCGGACCAGUGGGGUUCAGAGGUUUGGGGGGCGGCGGUGGAUGAAGAGGAGGGUGAUACUCGGGUCAACGGGUCGACACGGAGUCCGAGGUUGUAUUUGUGGUUUGCGAAAGAGGACCAUUGGGUUGCAGAUAUCACGAGGGAGGAGAUUUUGAGGAGCAAAGGGGCAGAAGGAGAGGACGGAGGCCAAACAAGACCGACGAUUGUCAUAGAUGAGACGGCUGGGCUGGUACAUGCGUGGUGUUUGGAACAGAGUGACAUGGUGGCGGGACGAGUGGGAGAAUGGUUGGAGGAGAUAUUGGAUCAUAAUGCGUAGAGUAGAAACCGCUCCUCGCAUUCCAGUGGAAGUACAGUAAAAGAGGGCCUAAAAUGUCGAUAGAGGAGAAUUGCUUAUGCAGGAAUGUUGUCUAUGUAGUCUAUUUUGCCGUCAGACCUGCUCU